UCGGUCAUGUGACCCUGGCAUGGAGCUAACAUGGCUUAGUUGUAGGGUUUUCAUUCAUCAGGGGCUGAUUGUGGCAUAUAAGGAGCAGUCCUGGUGACUCUUUGUGUCUCCUGUCCUCUCCUCUUCUGUAUGGACUCCCUGCAAGCCUGCAAGAAAAUAGGAUCACCCGACUAGGCCACCUUCGGUCCACCUGAGUAUCACAUGACCUAUAAAAACAAACCGACAUGUGGGUCGUCACAAUGCACAAAAUUAAUUUCAUGUUGUUUAAGUGUGUGUGAAGAGAUCUACUUUCUGAUAAUUUAUUAAAUAAAUGUCUUUGUUAACUUUAACAUUUUAGUAACUCUUCAGGUUAAGAGUCAUAAUGAAAAAAAAGAAUAAAACAUUUCUGCAAACGUAGAACUGAUCACUUCUCAGUGUAGAAGUUAAACAUAUUCUGUGGUUCUCUCAUGACAACAAAAGUUUGAGGAACUUAUCUGAAAGAUUUCCUCAAAACGAUUAUGCCUUGCAAUCCAUAUUGGGCUUAGUGUUAUGAAUAUUUUCAACAUUAAAAGUAGCCUUUUUAAUAAAAAAAAAAACUGUCUGUAAAUUUCUAAACAGUCAAAAUAGAAAUAAACUUUCUGUGAUCUCCGUCAGUGCCCUCGUUUAUGAAAGCCCUCACAAAAAAAGCUUUUUUCCUGCUCCUGACUGGAUCUCAAUUUCACUUCCUUUCCUGAGAAAAGAAAACAAUUCCCUGAAUACAUAUUAGGGCCAUGAGACCACAUUUUUUUCUCUCUCUUUUUAAAUUUUCCCCCGACAUUUACAGACGUCGGUGACUAUCAACAGAGCUGAGGCAAAUGUAAACCUGGAGGAUGCAGGAACCCAUCGCACGCUCCUCAUGACCAUAUAAAGCUACGUUUGUCGUGAGCGAUCAAAAGCAAAACAGACAUGCAAGAAAAAUGCAAUCACUCAAACAAAGUCACACUCUCUCCCUUAAGUGGUCUCACACACAUACAUACACACACACACACACUUUAAUUGCUCGUCUCUGGAUAAAAUGCUCCACAUUGUUUCUAACAGUCUCCAGCGUGUGGCCUUUACCUUCCCCCUUCCCUUUGCUGUCCACACAGGAACCAUUAACCUUUUCCUGCAUUGGCAGAUCACUCAUACAAGCUGCUCUCUGACUCUUUUUUUAGCCCCAGAGGUUUGCUGUUAUUCAUCAGUGUGAGGGACUAAGGGGGUAAAACGAAGGAAAGGCUGUCAGUCAGAGGCUCUGUUUUAUUUUUAGAGGGUUUAUUUAUUUGUGACGCUUUUAUAGCUCUUAAGAAUUAAUUUUGUUUUGUGGAAUUGGCUUUCCACAUCCACUGAGCCAAACAUCAGAGUGGAGAAGAGGUCCCUGCCCCCACAGCACAUUAUAAACUCCCACAUAACAAGAACAAUCUGUGUGCAGGCCGGAGAGCUCAGACACUCUCGGGGAAACUGGAGGGGGAGGAGAACAGUGGAUAGGCAGAAGGAGGGAUUUCUCCUCAUGGUAAACUGCAUUUUUUUUUUUUAAAUACCCAGACAAACCUCCACACUGAAACCUGAAACUCGCGGAGGGGGCGUGCUUCACCGAGCAUUCGCCGCUCUUUGCUGUGCUAAGUUCACUUUUUUCCAGUCUCAUCCUCCUCAUUCUGAGGGCUUUUCAGCAGACAGCUCGUCUUCUGCAGUGGAUGAUUCCGAGGGGAAAUGCCGCUCCUGAUGGCCCUUCAUCACAUUGGUCUGUGCGUGGUGCUUUGCAUCAGUAGCAGCCUCUCCACACCUCUGCCUUACUCCGAUACUCUGGAGGGAAGCAUAGAUGAGGAAGACAACAACUACUUCACUUUCUAUCUGCCUAAUACCAAUGUCUCCACAGAGUACCAGACCGCACCUGCCAACACAGCCCAGGAGGAAACUGACUUUCUGAAUCAGCUUGUGAACUUUCUUAAUGAGAACAUGCUCCUCAUCCUCGUUGCAGCCAGUCUCAUCCUUCUCGUCUUCCUUAUCAUCUGCGGGGCAGUUUUCAUGAGCCACAGACGCAAAGUCAACGCUUACUAUCCUUCCUCCUUCCCCUCAAAGAUGUAUGUGGAUGACAGGGACAAAAGUGGAGGUGCUAAACCCUUUAACGAAGUUCAAGAAAAAGCUUCCCCGGGGCAGGAAAGCGAGCCAGUGGACUCUCACAAGCAGCUCCAGGCUGACAUUAUGAGGGCUGCCAAGAGCCUGCGCGCUCCAAAUAAAUCUGUUGAUGCUGCAGAGAGAAGCGAUCCCAGUCAGAAAGUAGCAGACCACAGUCCCGAGGACAGCUCAAAAGCAGAUGACAGCAUCCUAGACCAUCAGCUCCCAAGUCUCCCAGAGGAAAAUGAGCCGAGCGAGCUUUCCGACAGUGAGGCCACCACCACAGAGGGCAGCUCAGAGCCGAGUCCUCCUGAGCUGCCUCGGUCAGAGGAAGUUGAUUCACAAGAGCCUUUGACGGGCAGGAGUCUGCGGCCCUCCUCUCUGCACAUUCACAAUGACUCUGCUACACUUCAGCUCAUCGCAGGAGAGAAAACUGCCUUCUAAGAAAUCACAUUUUUGCAGAAAACCAAAGAUUUCUGCAGGAUUUUAUUUGAGGAAAUGCAGAGAAGUUACUAAAGAUACAGCAGGCAGAGUUGAAGAUGAUACAUGAUACUCUCUUUAUGCACUUUUGUACAAGUUUCACAGUACACAAAUAGUGUUAGUAUUUUUUGUGUUCCUGUGUUUGAAUUUAAACAUCUCUGCUGGUAACAGUAGGUGGUGUGGUCCCAAUUACUCUGCGCUUCUAUGCAAAAAACAAAAACAAAAUUGAACUAGGACUCAGUUCCGUUUUUGAAUUUUUAAUAUGAACCUGUUAUGCUUUUCCCCAUUUUCUGUCAUAUAUACACUGCUACAGUAGGGUGGACUUUUAUAUUAAACAUGUCCGGAGUUUCAAAUAAAAAGUUCAGCGUAUGUAAUGGCUGUGAAACAAAAGAUCAGCACUCUGUGACAUCACCAGGGUACACAUUCCUGAUAAUGGCUUGUUUCAGGAAGUAGAUGCAUUGAGGCAAUGCUCUUUUAAAAAAAAAAAAAAAAAAAAAAAAAACAGUAUGAUGAUUUUUGACCUGCGAGUCAUGUAAAGCUACUCCAGCAGACUCCAAGAGUAAAACUGUGGAGUUUGAAAUUUUUCUCUUUUUAGGGUGCACGCUUAGGAUUCCAUACUUUUACGGAGCCUGUCUGACUGGUUUUAUCACUGCACAUCACACGCUGAACCGCUUAAACAUGUGGGCCCGUACACAUCUCAGUGGGACUCCAACGCAGCCGCCUCUGUGAAAAGCCUCCAAAUUAAUCAAAACUGCAAUUGGACGGCAUGUCGGGUCUUUAUGUAACAGCCCAAUAAAGCUAGUGAGUGCAGAUGAUGUUGAAUGUCGCUGUGCUCUGCAAAAGCACUUUUCAAAAUUGUGUGCACGUAAGUCAGAGAAAUAGAAAGCGGGUGUGAGGGAGAGAGAAGCUGAGACACUGAGAUAAAGCGAAGCAGUCAGGAUUUGUCAAGUGUAUAAAACCACAAUCUGGUGUGUUUUGGCUGCAGCGGAUCUCAGCUGCAGAGCUUUUUCAGAUGCGUUAUUGUAGCAGGAAGUGCACGGGCGUAUUUGCAGGCUCUGUGUCUAUGUGCAGCUUACUCAAAU